GGCUGGGCUCGCGGUGAGGCCCGUAGCUGCUGGGCGGGGCCCGGGGCCCGGCUGCCGCGAUAAACCCGGGCGCGAGAUAAGGGAAACCUGGGCCCGGUUAAAGAACUGAACCCCGUUUCGUGCUGAGAAGACGAGGCGAGACCGUCCCUGCCGGUGAAAGGGGCGCAGCCUCCGUGUCCCUUCCCUGAGACUUGCCGGCGGGGCGUGAUACGAGGACAUCUGCUCUCUGGGGAAUCGGUUUCAAAGCGGAGUGAGUAUAGUUUAAAAUGUGCUGUGAAAUAAAGAGGAGGUUUUUGCUGCUUUAUGCAACACAGAAGGGACAGGCAAAAGCCAUAGCUGAGGAGGUAUGCGAGCAGGCAGAUGCACAUGGAUUUGAAGCUGAUAUUCACUGUAUAAGUGAGUCUGACAAGUAUAAUCUGGUAACAGAAAAGGACCCUCUUGUUGUUAUUAUUUCCACUACUGGUACUGGAGACCCUCCAGACACAGCUUGCAAGUUUGUUAAGGAAAUUAAAAACAAGACCCUGCCACUUGAUCAUUUUGCACAUCUACGUUAUGGAUUGUUAGGUCUGGGAGAUUCUGAAUACAUGUUCUUCUGCAAUGGUGGGAAGAUAGUAGACAAACGACUCCAGGAACUUGGUGCACAGCAUUUCUAUGAGACUGGACUGGCAGAUGAUUGCGUAGGUUUAGAAAUAGUGGUUGAGCCAUGGAUUGAUGGACUUUGGCUUGCCCUUAAAAGAGAAUUUUCAUCACGGAACAUAAAAGAAGACAUGAGCAACAAUCUCGGCGCUGUGUCUAAUGGUGUCUCUGCAGUGACUGUAGACCCAAGAAUGUCAGGAGCAUGCAGCUUAGACUCAGAAAUACAGCAUUUGAAAUUAGAAGAUUUAGAAGUGAAGGCUACUGAUACUUUAUCCCAAAGACCAGCUAAUGUUCAUUCUGUCUUGUCUGUUCAAAAUACUGAACCUUCACUUGAUCGAUCAGUCCCUCCUCUUUCACAGUCCACUCUUGACAUUCCUGCUUCGCCACCAGAAUAUAUAGAUGUACAGUUUCAGGACAGCACUGGCCAGGAACUCAGUGUGUCCUCAUUGAUUUCAGAUGGCAUAGUCUUCCAUAUUCCAGUAACCAAAGCAGUUCAGCUCACUAGAGAAGAUGCAGUAAAAACAGCUUUGCUGUUAGAACUUGAUAUUUCUAAAACAUCGUUUUGCUACCAACCUGGAGAUGCCUUCUGUGUCGUAUGCCCCAACAAUGCCAGGGAGGUGCAAGAACUUCUUCAUCUCUUGGGACUUUCAGAAAGGAAAGAGUGCUUUGUUUGCUUAAAGAUUAAACAAGCCACUAAAAAGAAAGGAGCAGCUCUGCCAGUGCAUAUACCUCAAAGAAGUACUGUGGAAUUUAUUCUUACCUGGAGUCUGGAAAUAAGAGCAGUUCCCAGAAAGGCAUUUUUGCGAGCUCUUGUAGAAUACACCAGUGAUGCUAGGGAAAAGCGAAGGCUUCAGGAGCUAUGCAGCAAACAAGGAGCCUCUAAUUACAAUAGUUUUAUCAGAGACGCUAGUAUCUGCUUAUUGGAUUUACUCCAUGCUUUUCCAACGUGCAGACCUCCACUUAACCUGCUGAUAGAACAUCUUCCUAAACUGCAGGCCAGGUCCUAUUCAGCUUCAAGCUCCAAUUUAUUUCAACCAGGAAAACUGCAGUUUGUUUUUAAUGUUGUGGAGUUUCCAUCUUCCCCAUCUCGACUGGUUUCACGAAAAGGAGUGUGUACAGGUUGGCUCGCUGAGUUAGUUGAACCAAUGCUUCAGCAACAUAAAAACUCUCUACGCACAAAGGAAGAAAAAUCAUCAACUAUAAAGGUCUCCAUUUUUGCUCGUCCAAUCAACACUUUCCACUUACCUUCAGAUCCAUCUGUCCCUUUUAUGAUGGUGGGUCCAGGAACUGGAGUUUCACCUUUUAUUGGUUUUCUGCAACAUAGGUCAUCUGAAGUGGCUGUGCAUUGGGAGACGUUAGGUUGGUGUGUAAGAGACUGAGGAAGGGAAAGAAAAUGGAUGCAUUCAACAGCAUGAAGCAGCAAAGAAGAUAUAAAUGAAGUGUAGUAACCUCCUUGCACAGCCAAUGGGUGAGGAAGAAAUCAAAACAACCAACAACACCGCGGUAUACUUUGUAGAGUGAGAUGGUGCUCUCCCUGCUUCUUCCCCUCCCCUCCUCAUUGCCAUUGCAGAGGCCGGGAUAAAAGGUUCCUCUCAUCCCCAGUAUCUUCUAGCUAGCUCUGUUUCUGAACUGAAAACCAAGAAGAUGUCUUCAGGCAACACAUCUCCUUUAUCAAUCCUUCACGUGGGACGCAAUCUAAUCCUUUCCUCCAAUCUAUUUCCCCAUGCUGGGAUUUUCAGAUGGCAUUAAGUAAGCUGUAAGCUUCCCCAGCAUCAUUUUUCAAAGCUUGAAUGCAUUUUAUUGCAAUUAAACUGGACAGAUUCUGGGAAUGGGAAAGAAGUAGGCAGCCACCUAAGUUAUGUAUGACUGCCCUUUGGAAGCGAGCCUAGGGGAAUCCUCUCUCAGGACUCAGAGUAGCCUCUGUUGCUGAGAAGACCUGAGGGGCAUGGAGUUUCUGUGAUUGUGAGCAGAAUCAGGCCCUUAGUGAAUAGGAAAGAUUCUCUGGGUGUUGACUGUGUAUGUUUUGAUUGCCCUGAACAUUUUGGAACCAUAUGGUAGAACAUAGUGAAGAACACAUUCCUAUUAAUAAUAAUUAAUAAUAAAACUUCUUAUAUAUUGCUUUUAGUCUUCAAAGUGCUGUACAUACACUGAAUGAUCCUCACAAUACUUCUGGUAAGUAGGUGGGUAUUAGUAUCCCCCUUUUUUAAAGAUGAGAGAAAACUCAAAAGGAAAAAGAGGGCAAGUGAAUGACCCAAGGCACAGAGGCAAUUAUUCUCAGAUAUGAGACUAGUACUUGAGAGUUUGGUACUAAGACUGUGGGACUAAUGUGUGUACUCCAUGCUUUUUACAAGUUUCAGUCAAUGUUUCCAACCAAGCUGCUUGACGUGUAUAGUAAAAACAAACAAAAAAUUGUGCUUUGAAUUUGUGCUUAAUCAUCUGAUAAGAUCCUAACUUUAAAAUAUACCACA